AGAACCAUGAGCUGGACUUGUCCACGUUGUCAGCAACCAGUUUACUUCGCCGAGAAAGUGAGCUCCUUAGGCAAGAACUGGCACCGUUUCUGCCUGAAAUGUGAGCGCUGCCACAGCAUCUUGUCCCCUGGCGGGCAUGCAGAGCACAACGGGAGGCCAUACUGCCACAAGCCUUGCUAUGGGGCUCUCUUUGGACCUAGAGGGGUCAACAUUGGUGGUGUGGGUUUCUAUCCCAACAGUCCCCACGCUCCCUCCCCUACCAGCAGCAUUUCCCUCAGCCCCAGCAACUUUAGACCCCCAAGGCCAAAGGCUGGCCUCCCCCAGGCCAAGAAAAGCCCUCCCUACAUGAAGACUUUUACUGGGGAGACCUCACUGUGCCCUGGAUGUGGAGAGCCUGUCUAUUUUGCGGAGAAGGUGAUGUCUUUGGGCAGAAAUUGGCACCGACCCUGCCUGAGGUGCCAACGUUGUAGGAAGACCUUGACUGCUGGGAGUCACGCGGAGCAUGACGGCAUACCCUACUGCCACAUCCCCUGUUAUGGAUACCUGUUUGGCCCCAAAGGUGUGAACAUUGGCAAUGUGGGCUGCUAUAUCUAUGACCCAGUGGAGAUAAGAUCCAAAUGAGCCAUUCACGGGACUGAUCAUCCUAACUCAGGCCUCCCACCCUCUCUUCGGUCCACUGGAAGCUCUGGAAUUCCCUAGUCCUUUUGGGAGGAAAACAGUGAAAUCCCAGGGGUCUGGGCCUAGACCCUGUGGUAGACCUGAGUCUGGACUUGCUCUGCCAAUUCUUUGCUUCCCAAUUCCUAUCUGGACAGGCUACCCCACUUAGAAUGGUGAUCUCCUGGCUUCCCAGUUCCUUCUCCCAGCAUCGAGGUCAUUUAUUGAGUCUCAGCUCCCUGGCUUCUCUAAUAAAA